AUGGCAUUAGGCAUAAACCCCCGCAAACGGCCCCCGAACGCGAACAUUACCUUCAUCACGGCGCUGCCGGGACAGGAUCACGAUGUGGCGUUGGAUUAUUUGGAGAGGAUCGCGGCGAUUGUGUUUCCUGUUUGUUUUUGCUUUCCUUCCUUCCUUCCUUCCUUUUCUCUCGCUCCCUUGCUUCCUUGGGCUGAUGGGUCGGGUGGGGUAGAUUAUGAGGGAUAAUGGACUUGCGGUUAUGUCGUAUGCUUGUCGCUCUACCAUUGUUACUGGUGGGGUGGGGUACACGGGCUGAUUGCGGGGCAGGCUGGAUGAGUUCCCGGCGACUAUGGAGUUUUGGGGGAGGAAUUGUUGGUUCUCCUUUCUCUCUGUGAUAUUUAGGUUGGUGGGACUGACUGAUGGCUGCAAUAGUCAACGCGGGAGAAGUUAUCCAGCUAGUGCUCAAGAAUCCCAAUACCGGUGCCUGGCUGCCGUUUAGUUUCGUACAGCGGGUUAUGAUACAUGAACUUGCGCAUAUUAAGCAGAUGGUCUACCUUUCCUUCUCCCCUGUUCCCCCCCCAACUUCCAUCACCAACAACAACGAAUACCUAACCUUGCUUUUACAACAGAACCAUUCCAGAUUUUUCUGGUCCGUCAACAACAAAUUCUCAGCCCAGCUCCGGGUCCUCCGGGCAAAAGGGUAUACCGGCGAAGGCUUCUGGUCGGCGGGGAGAACGUUAUUGUCGGAGCGGUACACGCACGAUCAGCCGUUGGCCGAGAAUGAUAUGCCAAAGUCACUUUGUGGCGGUACCUUCCCCACCACCUCCCUCUGCUUUUCGGAAUGUGAAUGACUGGAUGGGGUUAGGGACGUACCGCUCCCACGAAAAGCGCAAAAGCGCCCAGGAUGCCAACGAGCGAGCGAAAAGGCCAAAGCUAACCUACAGCGAGCGCCAGCGACGCCACAAGGAGCGGAAAUUCGGACCCAGCGAAGGGGAGAAAAUCGGCGCGGAUGAUGAUACACGAAGCAUCUUAGAAAAGGGGAAAAAGUCGAGGGCUGCUCCCAGGAUCGCGCAGAGUGUGCGGGGGAGGGAAUUGAGGGCUGCGGCGGCGCUGAAGAGGCUCGAGGGGCAGAAGCCGGAGGAGACCAAUGGGGAGGUUAAGGAUGUGGGUGAUAGUUGCGAUAGUGAGGGUGCGGGCGGUUGGGACGAGGAUGAGAAGGAGGUCGAUGUCGGCGGCGGGAAGUGCCUCAUUCCCGUCAGUCUUGAGGACGAUGGCGAAUUAGAGCGGGAUUGGAUGAUGAGGGAGUUAGUGGAGUUGAAAGAUGUAUGCGGAAGUGGGACGGCAGGGGAGUAUUUUGACGAGGGGAGUAUGAAUGGGAAGGGGAAGGGGCGGGAGCAAGAACGGCUGCGAGAGCCCUCAUCGGAGAAGAGUGCAAGGAAACCCAUUGUCGACCUUAGUAGUGAUGACGACUUCCAAGCGCCCUCUCCCCACAACAAACCCCCGACCCCCAACCCACCAUCAGACCCUCCAAGCCUCACCCUUCACCCUCCUCCCCUCUCGGGGGCCGGGGCCCCCAGCAAGCUUUCAGGAACCACCUGUACCGCAUGCUCAUUCGCCAACGAUCCAGCAUCGACGCUGUGCUGCGUCUGUGCUAACGUUUUGGAUCCUGGGCGUAUGAAGAACACAUGGAAGUGUUCCUGCUAUGGAGAUCUGCGCUAUACGAAUCCAGGGGAUGCGGGAGUCUGUGGGGUCUGUGGGGGGAGGAGGGGGUAA